UACAUACAUAAUUAUGCGGUAUCGUGAAAUGGAAAGAUAAAUAACGACCUUAUGUGCCAAAUCGAUCGAUAAACAAAACAAAAAUUUUUGCACCUUCAGCCGACAGGCAUGAGGCAUGAAUACCUAGACACGACACACCCGUCACCCGGACACCCGAUCGAAAAUUCCUAGUAACUCUAGAUUCCGGAAGUGCUGAGGCAUUUAAUGAACCUUACGAUAAAAGCGGGAGCGUGGGAGAUACGGAGAGAGUGAGAAAGAGAGAGAGAGAGAAACAGAAAGAGGGGUUGGGUGUUUGCUGCGAAAAGUUCUCGAUCGCGUGAGAGAGAUCUAAAUUCGCAAGGAUGGACUUCAACGUGAAGAAACUGGUGAAGGACGCGGGAGCCGCCCUCAGCAGGGUUGUGCAGAUGACGGAGGAGACCCUGGGUACUUCAGAAAAGACCGAGCUAGACGCGCAUUUGGAACACCUAGCGGAGAGAGGAAAUGCGACCAAAACAUGGACAGAGAAGAUACUGCGGAAUAUGGAAGCUGUGCUUACUCCGAAUCCUGGCAACAGGAUUGAAGAUUUCUUUUAUGAAAAAAUUGAUAAGAGGAGACCUAACAGGUUGAGUAAUUUGGAGUAUGUAGGCACUGAUAUGAUAGAAGCUGGAAAUGAUUUCGGUCCAGGAGUAGCUUAUGGUAGCUCAUUAAUAAAGGUCGGCCAGUGUCAGCAGAGAUUGGGACAGAUCGAAAGGGACUUUAUAGGAACUGCCGCCAAUUGUUACAUACAGCCUUUGAGGAAGUUCUUGGAUGGAGAAAUGAAGACUGUCAGCAAGGAAAUGGCGAUAUUGGAAACUAAAAGAUUGGACUUGGACGCAUGUAAAAAUAGAGUAAGGAAAGCGAGGAGCAUGCUGGGUCAACAGAGUGAGUCUGGCAUAUCACCCGAAGUGUUGCUCGAUCAGGCAGAGAGGGAGCUGAGGGUAGCGCAAUCGGAGUUCGAUCGGCAAGCAGAGAUUGUGAAAUUACUGCUGGAGGGUGUCUCAAGCUCACACGCCGGACACUUGCGAUGCCUGCACGAAUUCGCAGAAGCGCAAGCACGCCAUUACGCGCAAUGCCACGCCGUCAUGCAGGAUCUGCAGCGCGAGCUUGCCGGGGCGCGUCAACCGAGCCCUAUGCUGAGAGUCAACAGCGAGGAAGUGAUCGAGCUAAACCCCUCGCCCACUCUCUCUCAAAACUCCGUAACCGCCGGAUCUGCCGCUUACGUUACCGCCACAUUCGACACUGAUAUCAGUCAAGUUUAUUGGCAAUUUAAAUUGACGGAUCUACAAGAUUACAGCACUAUAAUUGUCGUUUACCUACCCAGACUAUCUGGGGGUCCCCAUUACCCCACCCCACCAGCCACCACCAACACACUAGCCGAGAACGAUCAGGACAGAGCAAGAGUGUUGUGGAAUUACGACGCGAGGGAUCCUAGCGAGCUAAGCGUCAUGCGGGACGAGGUAAUUGGUAUUGAUGAAAUUCCCGAUGACGACGAUUACUUUAUGGGAAUCAGAGGCAAUCAACGAGGAAAGGUGCCGAAAGUAUAUGUGGAACUGCUUUUUAUAAGUCGUUAAUGCACUUAGAAGCUAUUGUCAAUUGUAUUUAGAGUCAAUUUUUAGCGCACUUUUCUCUCUCUCUCUCUCUCUCUCUUUCGCCAAAUUUUGUCUUUAGCUUGAAUUAGUCGAGACAAUGGUUAUCUUACUUGGCUUGAAAGGUGAUUCGUUACUUCAGGACCAAAAAGAUUUAACAUCCCGAUUUAAAUAAAUUACUAAUCUAUGAUUAAAAGCAUACGACACGAUGGAAUUAUUCUUGUAUUCAACAUUGUGCCUCUUAACCGAGACGGUUCUUUCACGAUUGAUUGAGUAAUCGAAUAAAUAUUCACCGUUUAAA